AUGGAUCAAGAGAAUACACGCGCUAGCGAGACCGCUGGGUCGUCCACGCCAAGGAGGCUCUUGCGCAAGGGCACACAUAGCUGCGCAGAAUGUACGAGCCAGAUUCAACUUUGCUGGAUAGUGUUGACUAGUUCUUCAGGCAAGAGGCGAAAGACAAGAUGUUUCUUUGACAAUCUCUCAUCUGCCAUAUGUGUGGGAUGUCAGCGCCGAGGCACGCGAUGCGUAGGCCAAGAGUUUAUCGACAUCGCUGCAUCUAAACCUGAACAGGAUCCAAGGACGGCAGAGAAACUGGAAAGAAUAGAGCAGAUGCUUGCGAAGCUCACUGAGAAGUUUCUCACCGACGGCCUGAGUGAUGAGCACGACAAGUCGCAGAGCCAAUUGCCUAUUCUGAGAGUGUCGGCGGAAGAACGGAGUGCCAGAGACGGCUGGCAAGACGUGGGUGACACCAGCCAUGAAGACUCCAUCCAUCAUGUAGUCACCGAAAUAGCUCUGAGAACAGCAGACGACACCACGGCAGCAAGUCAUUAUGCCCUGCCUGAAUUCGCGGAAACAUGUCAAAUCCUCCACGCCGCUUUACCGUCUCAGCACGGUGUAGAUCUUCUCUUCGGGUCUGGAAGAGCUGCAAUCUAUAUACAAGCGCUGUGCAAUUCCUACAGAGAGCUGUUCGAGGAAGGUAACUCUGUAUCAGCUGCUAUGCUGUCGAUCCUCCCUCCAGUCACCGCCCACCCGGUAGUUCUCGCCAGAAAGCUAUUGCAGCUCGCUCUCUGUAUACAGCAACUUGACCCUUCAUUCAACUAUGCGUCUUUGCGUUUGGGAAUGAGUGCGGGUGAAGCUAUGCACAAGUACUACUCUCUUGCCUCAAGUAAGGUGACCUGCCAUGACGAUCUACUAGACUCCCUCGAAGGGCUCGAGUGUCUCGUCUAUGAAGGAGUCUACCUCGUCAACUGCGGUAACCUUCGUCGAGCAUUGGUAACCCUACGCCGCGCUACAACACUAGCUCAAUUCAUGGGGUUUCAUCGCAAAGUCUGCCACACCACGCCAAAGCAACAUGAUGCAGCGACACGUGUCUCGGGGGAUGUGGCCUGGGCACACAUUGCGUACCUAGAACGCUACAUAUCUCUUCUGCUCGGAAUUUCCAGUUCCAUAGCCAAUGCGAAGUUUGGGUCCGAGAUGAAGAAGGUCGACGAGACAGACGCGGAGUGGUUUGAGAGGUUCCAGGUCGAUAUCUGUGAGCAAAUCAUCAAUAACAAUCAGCGCGGCAACCGUGAUGACCUCGCUGCAACCCAGAAAAUCGACGAGACGAUGAACAGGAUUGCCGACAGUAUUCCAAGCAGCUGGUGGGCACCACUUGAACUUCGUCCGGGAAUGACUGGUGACGACUUGAUGGCACUUGUGGUGAAUGCACAGAUGCAAAUCAUUCACUACAAUCUGCUCACGGUUCUUCAUCUACCAUAUCUCCUUCGCAAGACGCCGAGCCAUCAAUACGACUAUAACAAGACGGUCUGCACAUACGCCAGCCGCGAGGUUCUAAACAGGUACAUCGCCUUCAGGUCUAUUGUCAGGAUCGUGUUUUGCUGCCGCCCCGUCGACUUUUGCGCCUUGACGGCCGCCCUGACUCUCCUGCUCGCUCACCUGAGCCGUGAUGGCCGAGAUUCAACAUGGCUCCUAAAGCAUCAACGCCUCGGGGAUAGGGCGCUAGUAGAGAAAACGAUAGAAACUCUAGAUGAGCUCAAUCGACUCAAUGGAGAUGAACUGACAAGGGAGACUGCAAAGCUAGCGAGACGGUUACUGAUUCUCGAGGCGGAUUCUGCAAAAACCGGGGAUGCCUACAGCUUCGGCGUCGUGGAUGAAACUCAAGAAGAUAAUGACAACGGGCAAGGCGAACGCUCUUUCCAUCUCAAGGUCCCAUAUUUUGGGACCGUCAAGAUGGCGCCUCAAGACUCGUUUGUUUCACCGUCUCUCGAGGCCGCGCCAAGCACAACCCAAACAGACAGCUCACACACGAUGUCUUCUGCUGUUUCUAGUGGUCUGGCCUCCUACACAUCUUCCGAGGAGCCUAUACAACUGCCCCAACACCUACUCAUCAGUGAUGAAGUCUCGAUCGCCCAGCAGACAGAGCUUGAUAUGUUUGAUAUCCCAAUGCCAGAUCUCAUGGCAGAUUCAGGUGAUUGGGCGUUUCAGGGUGUUGACGCCGCGUUCUUUGAUAGUCUCAUGAGUUGUCAAAUGAUGGAAGAGUCGGGCUGGAAUAACACUUGGUAUGAUGACAGUCAACAAGGAAACAGCAUCUAA